AAGCCCUUCCGCCUCCGAGGCAAGGAACUUCCUCUUUGGACACAGAGCAGCAGGAUCCAGGCCCCCGGUCCCACAGCAGCGGCCUGGCUUCGGCCUUCUAGGACACCAGGUUCCCAGGAGGCAGCUGGGACAGAGCCAUGAUGAAGACCCCAUGGAGCAGCAUCACAAUGCUGCUGUCAGUGCUGCUCCUGGGUCCACUUCAGGUCUCCUGGGCUCAGAAGAGCUGCACUGGUCCACCGGCCAUCCCUGGCAUCCCAGGCAUCCCGGGGUUACCUGGCACGGAUGGCCAACCUGGGGUGCCAGGGACCAAAGGAGACACAGGACUUCCAGGGCUAGCUGGAGACCAUGGUGAGUUUGGAGAGAAAGGAGACCCAGGGAUUCCUGGGAACCCAGGAAAAGUUGGCCCCAAGGGACCCAUUGGCCCUAAAGGUGGCCCAGGCCUCCCUGGACCUCCUGGUCCCAAGGGGGAAUCAGGUGACUACAAGGCCACACAGAAAAUCGUCUUCUCUGCCCUGAGGACCAUCAACACUCAUCUGCGGCAGGGUCAGGCCAUCCGCUUCGAAAGCAUGGUCACCAAUGCCAACAACAACUACGAACCACGCAGCGGCAAGUUCACCUGCAGGGUGCCAGGGCUCUACUACUUCACCUACCACGCCAGCUCCCGUGGGAACCUGUGCGUGAACCUCAUGAGGGGCCGGGAGCCCGUGCAGAAGGUGGUGACCUUCUGUGACUACACCCAGAACACCUUCCAGGUCACCACGGGCGGCGUGGUCCUCAAGCUGGACCAAGGGGAGAUGGUCUUCCUGCAGGCCACCGACAAGGCCUCCCUGCUGGGCAUUGAGGGUGCCAAUAGCAUUUUCUCCGGAUUUCUGCUCUUCCCCGAUGUGGAGGCAUGAGAGCUGGGUCACUCUCUACCAUCUCAUCUCUCUCUCUCUCUCUCUCUCUCACACACACACACACACACACACACACAAUCACCCCUGGCCUAGCCCAAAGCACAGAGCAGAGCUCUGAGAAUGCUGAAUAAAUAAACACAUGAAUGAGUAAAUAAACUCUUCAAGACCAACGCCAAGUAUUCUAGUUC